CACAGCAUAUUGAAAUUUCUCAUCACAGCAGACCUCUAACUUAAGAACUGCUGAUUCAGAUGGAGUUCCGAAAAACUUUGCUCCUCUCAAACGUUACUUGUUACAUUCAGAGAGAAAAAGGAGCCUGUGAAAUGUAACGCACAACCGCAGUCCCAACCUCCAAAACCCCUUCGUUCCACCUCUGCAGAAGGGACCGAGUUCGGGGAAAUGGUCUGCCCUUUGAGCUGACGGAGCACAAGCGCUGCUGCAGCAGAGGUGCCGGUGGUGGUGGAGAGGAUGGGGGUGGGGUGAUGAUGGUGAUGUAAGCUGAGCAUCAAAGCAGGACCCCAGUCAGUGAAAGCAGUGGUCAGGACUUCCUAAGGUGCUAGAGGAGAAAUGAAACCUAUGGUGGCACACACACAUAAAGGAACUGCAACAGGAGUUUACCUGUAAUUCAGUAUCAGUUUCGACAUUUAUACCUGAAUGUACCUAGGUGGACUGGGGGGUUGGUGGUUUGCAACACUUUGAGUAACCUUUAAAAUGAUUCUAAAAGUUAACUUCAUAAGACAGCUGUAACACCACAGGUUGUCUAUACAUGUGCUACUAAUGUUGUCUACAGAGACGUUUUAUUAGGCAGGGUUUAUGCAUAAGUGAUUAUUUACCAGUCUCUUUUCACAUGGCCAACUCAUCAUAUUGCUUCAUCCUAAAUGCUUGAAAGCAUGGUUCUGAUUUCCCCUUAUUCAGAUGCGGAAGGGCCACAGUAAUAUUUCCAUAGGAGGUAGUAACACCUAUGGAAAUGGGUCAAAGAUGCGUCAUUCAGGACGUCAAGCCCCAUUUUGAGAAUUUGGUGGAAAUGUAUGUGAUGACAGCUGAGGAAAUCCUCUUUGAGGGCAUGCAGGGAGAGAGACUGAUCGAGAGAAAGCUAGACAGAAAGCAUCACGUUGGAGUCACCAGUCAUCCUGUUCCAAAAAGCUGAGGCAUGGCUGUGCAGGGCGGAGACUGAGUCAGGGUGGUGCCUCUCUCUCAUCUCAGUUAGACCACGACACACAUGCCCGCCCCCUCAGGCUCCAUCAGAGUGCUUGCAGUUCUCAUGCACCCCAACCCCUAACCCCUCCGUUCAGCCUUUCCAGGCCUAGGGUGCAAACAGCAAGACUGAAAGUGCACUGUCACACACUGAGCACCGUUUAAUGUGGCGAACGUAGUCGGCUAGCUUUUACCGAAACUGUUGCUUUGACUUUGCGGCAUCAAUGUUUACAAACACACACACACACACACACAUACUCCUUCAAAAGGCUACUUAGUAGCUAUUACACCCCAAGGCAACACCGAUCUAUGUCAGAUGGUGAAAAGUAGCCAGAAUGAGAAUGAUUUAGUCUCAAACCCCUCUGCUGUCAUUCCUGAGAAAUGUCGGAAAUCAUUGGCAGGCCAGGACAUCAUGGUAGGUCAACCAAAAUGCUCCUUUGUAGGUUAUUUCCAUUCAAAAGCCAGUUCAAAAGGGCAAAACAGGUCCUAAUCAGCUUGUCAAGUCUAGCAAUGAGAGAUACAGAUAUAAUUAAACAUAAUAUGGUGAAAACCAUUUGAAAUGUAGUAAAAAAAACAUUGAAAUGGGUGCUGCAAGGUAAACUGUCUUGAAAUAAAUUUCUGUACCUUUCCCUGUUGCAUCUAUUGAUCAAAACUCAUUUCCUCUAUGUGGUAAAAAUGACCUAAAUUAUUUUAUAGACCAAGAGGCCCCUUUCAACAGAAUUUUAAUAAGGUGGUUGACCAGAGUCUGCAGACAAGAAGAUGCAUGUUGAGGCAAAAAAAAAACAGUGGGUGGAGCUUGAGCUAUAAGAGAUCAGCUUGUCUUGUCUUAAAGCAUAGGUGAGAACACACACUCCUCUCAGAGCACACUUGAGCACACACACAGACACAGACACAGUCCAGACUCAAAUCUUCAGUCAUGAAUGGGAAUGUGGCAGGCCAGCACCCUCAGGUGUUCAUGGUGGAAGGCAGAGACAGGAGGCAGGUGCACCCGCAGCAGCACCCACCCAGGAUAGACCCUGGCCUGGUGCCUUGCUGGACCUUCCCUCCUGCUCGAGAUAAGGCAAGAGGCCAUCACUCAUGGUCUGGCCUGAUCACCAUACUGGUCAUGGUGCUGGUGCUGGUCUUUGCUGCAUUGGCCCUCGGUGCCUUCCAGAUCCAGAGUCUGCAGAAUCAACUGGCAGACCUGACAAAGGAUGUGAAUAGUGACAGUACCAUCACUGCGCCUCAACGUCAAAUUGGUUUCCUUGAAGACGUGGGUGAAGAUGAAGAAUGUAAACCUGCAGCAGCACAUUUAACAGUUAACACUGAGAGGCCGGCAGACCAUAAGACGCUGCAGUGGGAGUCGAGACAUGGCCGGGCAUUCACCAAAGGACUCCUGUACAGAAAUGGCGGCCUCCAGGUCAACCGCACCGGCCUGUACUUUAUCUACUCCCGCGUGGAGAUUCUGGGAAAUCAGUGUAGCAAAGCCAGAUUCAUCUCUCACACUGUGUUUGUGCGGAGGAAGGGCAGCUCCCCCAUAACCCUUAUGGAAGGGCACAAGAUGGGCUACUGCGAUGAGACUAAGAGACAAUUGUGGACCUCCGAAAGCUCCUUAGGCGCAGUGCUGAAGCUCAGGCAGGAGGAUUGGGUUUAUGUCAACGUGUCCGUUCCUGACCUAAUCAAUCGCGCUAACCCUUAUGGAAAUUACUUUGGACUGUAUCAGAUCGUCUGAAUGUGGCAAUGUGAGAAGGUGAAUUUCCUCCCUUCUCACUGGGGCAAGAAAAGGGCCUUUGCCCCUUUAAGACACUUUGACUCCCCACCGUAAUGGUUGGUUCCGUGCUCCCCCACAUCAAUGGUGGGAUCCAAUUUAGCCCAAGUGGCUGCCCUAUGUCAAGGGUGCCUCAGGCAAGCAUGAGGGAGGACUGACUGAGAGAGUUGUUGGAGAGAGGCAGUCGACAGCCGACAGCCUGGCAAAAGGACUUUGGGAGAAACGAGUGUGCUGCUUUCCCUGUUUACAUUUACAUUUAGUCAUUUAGCAGACGCUUUUGUCCAAAGCGACGUACAAGGGAGAGAAUAGUCAAGCUACGAGCAAUAGAACCUGGUGUAACAAUAAAUACUACUUUACAUAAGAAAUAUAACAAAAUGAAAUAAAAGAAAAAAAAAAGAAAAAGAAGUGCAGAAAUGUAACUGCUGUAGUUGCAAGUUACGCACUAGUCGAAGUGCCAGUGUUUACCGGCGUGAGGUGAAAGGCAGUACGUGUCUAGAUGUGUGGACACUGUUAGCUUUGUUUUGUUCCCUUGUUUUGUAUGCCUUGUUCUGUGUGCCUUGUAUUUGUGCUUUGUCUCUGUACCGUGUUUGUGUGCCUUGUGUGUAGUGUAUGUAGGGAUUUUGUUACGAGGACCAGUGUAUAUACUUAGCUCAGGUUAGUCUCUGUGCCUAGGUUUGGGGCCUGGCUUGGGCCGAACAGGUGCCGGUGAUUGGGCCUAAGUACAACAAGCAGGUGCCCAGGGUGCAGAGUACUGCAGUACCUGUAAGUAUGGCCGGUAUGUUUGAUUGGUUGUUUGUUUUAUUUCAUGGGCACAUGUGUUGGGGUUAGUCCUCGUUGUAAAUAAAUAUAUAUUUUUAUGACAACCACCAUCUCCUGCACUGUUCUUCCCCAUCUUCACCCAGUCCAGUCGCGACAUCCCUAACAAGUACGUGGGGUGACCGUCCGGUCUUUCACAGUGGGCCUGACUCGCUCACUCUCUGUCCACGAAUCAAAAGUUUGCUUGUGCUAAUGUGUUGUAACAUUAGCAGCUAGUUGGAGUAGCAAGUAAGUAGAAGUCAUGACAAUGAAUGUAUUUUAUUACUGCAUAUGCACUGGCAUUGAAGGGGUGAAAUGGUCACAUUUACUUUGCAUAUGCAGCAAGGAAACUGUGAAUGAGAUGAUUGGAACACUAAAGGGCUACUGAAUGAAGAGUUAAAUAUGUAUUUAUUAUUUUUAGAUCUUUGGUCUGCAUGUAUAUAUUUGGAAACCCCAAGUCACACAAAUGAAACAGAU